AUGCGCAGCAUGGAACUCAACGACCAACUCCUGGCUGUCCAGAGGGCACGGGAAAUCGCCGAGAGGCUCCAGCUUCAGGCACCUUCCUGGGACCUUGAGGAACUCUUCCAACACUUCUUCAAGGAAGAGGAGGAGAUCAUAAGAAAAGAGCAGGAAGAGGAAGCGAAAAGAGACAGGGAAAGGCUGGAGCAUCAGAAAAGAGAAGAACAGAGGGAAAGAGAACGAAUUGCGGAGAGAGAAAAGUCCGAAGCAAGAGAAGCGGAAAUGGAGAGAGAAAGAGAGCGAAUGGAAGAGAAGCUAAGAAAGGUGGAAGAAGAACAAGCUAGAGACAGAGAAAGGACAGCGAAAGCUGAAAGUGAGACAGAGGAAUUGAAGAAGAAGAUGGCAGACAUGGAGAAAGAUGUCGAGGGCAGGAGAAGAGCUGAAUCCACUGAAUUAAUCAUGAAGGCAGUCCAAUGUGGCGUGAAAUCGGCCUGUGACUUGGCAACUACUGCCAUGACGGUUGGAUCAGCUUUAGCACGAGAAAUCCGCAAGAAAAAAAGGAACAAGUCUGACAACCGAAGGAGUCCAUCUGAAUCUGAAGAAGGUGAUGAAUGA